AUGUUAUUUAAUAAAGAAACAGUUUUAUCAACAUCAAAAGUUGAAUGUAUGGCUGAAUCUCUGAAUAAACAUUUUAGAAUAUAUGCUUACGCUGAGCUACUUUAUCAAGGUCUGCAAAUAGCUAUUGAGAAAGGUUAAGUAAAACAUAUGGAUGAUACUGAAGUAAGAGCUUAAAUAUUAUUUGAAUAAUUUGAAUGGGAUAAGGAAGAAGCUCUAAAAUAUGAACUGUUGGUCCUGAAAAUUCAGGUCCAAAUAUUUUGGUGGAUAAAACAUAUUUUGAUAAAAGAAUAAAUUAAAUGAGAGAACCUAUGGAACAUUGUUGGUUAUGGUCUACUUAAGAAGUUCCUCAUUGUGAAAAAUAACAAAGGGGAGUUAGGAUAAAUAUCAUAGAUUUUUUACUACAAGAUGAAGAUUAUUUUAAAUAAGGAGGACAAAUUGUACUGGCAGCAAGAGGAUGAACUUAUACAAGUGAACUUACAGCAAAACCUAGACUAUGCGAGCUAAAUUAUUAAGCAGAAAUCCUUGUUCCUUAUAGUUUUGUAGACUGUAUCUAUAACUGUUUAAAUUCAAGGAAAUCUGUAAUUAUCAAAGUAGAUUAUAUUACUGAAACACCCCUAUCAUCAGUAAUUUUAUAAUGUAUAAUUAAUUCUAGAUCAUAUCAUAUAUGCCUGUAGCUGAAUCUACAUGUUUAACAGACGAUCUUAUAGUUCUAACUAACUAUUAAGCCUUUUUUAGUUUGUGUUUAAUCAUAGAUGAUGAUCCUUUGGAAAUUGAUACUAAAGCUAACAAAUUGUUACUUAAUAUCAGAAAGAAAAAUGUAAUUAGGCCAUAAUUACUAAAUGUUAACGACUAUUUAGAAAAAGUUUUUACAUUAUGAAAAAAAACUGGGCCUAGAUUAGAACAAAAAUUUUAAUUCUAGAAAUUAUAUUCAUAAGUAAGGUUUGUAAUAUUGA